GUACAAGCAGGGGGUGGAGCGACCAUAGAAACCUACUAAAUGCUGUAGAGUUCCCCUGCCGACCGUGGCCAUGGCUUUGGCAGUCCCGGCCGUACACGGUGCUCCUGUCUCCACAUACCGAGAGCGGAUGGAAAGAGGCUACCGGGAAGGGAAUUAACACCGUUUAACGCCAAGACGCGCCGACUUUUAGACCAAACCUGCUUGGGAACCUUGUACUGCAUAUAUCUGAGAGAGGACCCUCCACCGUCAGAUGGUUGAAGACCGGCUCACUUCUGCAUAGCUCCAGGUUGGACCUGCUGAACAUCCCCACCUGUGCAUGUGAAGAAGCAGAGCCAAGGACGGUCCGUUUCAGACGGACACUGGGAGGGUGCCGGCAACGUUUUCAUUAAAGGAAAUAAGAAUACAGAGGAGACUGAUACAAGGAUUAAACAUUUUUAACCUUCCCCCGUCCUCUCCUGUUCCUCUCUUCCCCUUCUGUUGUGUCACUUGGUCUCCGCUCCGCUGAUCUUGGGUGAAUUUCUUCUGCUCCCUGACUCCCAGACAAACGGUCAGAAAAGGAAAACACCAAUUAAUCUUGUUAUCCCCCUCUUACCUCCCCCAUCCCCUACCCCCUCCCCUUUUUUUUCUUUUUCUUUUUUUCUUGGUUUAACACUUUUCCGUUACCUCAGGGAUUUUCUCCCACUGCCUACCUCCACCAUGCAGCCAACCCAGUGACUGGAACACAGAAAAAAUAAAAAAAAAAUAAGCACACACCUGUAACCUCUCACCGCCAUGACAACCUAUAUUGCCUCUCAACCUCUCCUCACUGCAACCGUGAUGACCAGCAAUGACCUUUGACCUCAUACGUACUGCCAGCUUGGACAUGUUCACUACCCACGUUAUUUAGAUCCAGUAAACCACGAUUGUAGCCUGGACAUCAGGUUAGGGAUGAGAAUAAUUACAAAGCAGGCAGGUGGCUACAUACACUAGCCUCACCUUUCCAUAAUAUACCUGGCAGGCAAUAGUAUACCUCAGCACACAAAGCUUCCUGAGACUCAGUUAGGGACACUGAAGACAACUGCCCAGUAAUCAGCAUCAUUCACUGGACCGGUGCUUUGAUCUGCCCGGCAGGCAAGACUGUUCACUAGCCUGGUGCUUCAAUCUGCCUUGAAGGCAACACUGUUCACUAGCCUGGUGCUUCAAUCUGCCUAGCAGGCAGCGCUCUUCACUAGCCCCGGUGCUUCAGUCUGCCUAGCAGGCAACUCAGUUCAUAAACUUCCAUUUUUGCCUUAGAGGCAGCAAUACAGCAGGAGUUUGCCAGGGAAGCAUCCAGAGAAAACGGGAAGAGACUCAGGAGUCUGCUCAGCAAGUAACAUCAUACACUAACACUUCCACCUGCCUCAGAGGCAGUAACAUAAAUCAGCAAUUGCCCGAGAGGCAUUCAGAGAUCGAGGAAGAGACUGAGAGAAGUGCUGCCUAGCAGGCAGCGCCGUUCACUUGCCUUGGGUUUUCAUUUGCCCCAAGAAGCCUCCAGAGACGUAAAGCUAACCACGGAGCAGUAGAGGUAACUCUUAACUCUUCCUUACCCUGGGGGCAGUCAGAGGUACAAAGAAGAGCUUCCUGGCAGAUAGAACAUAAAGAAUGGUUAUUGUACACCUUGGCAAGUGAAAGCAGACAACAUCGAGAAGAAACGGAUCGUGUGACUGCCGAAAGAAAAGGAGGGAAGAAGAAUACUGUGCUUCCUCCUGCUUCUACUGAUGUUCCGCCCACCGUGCUCCUCCCAGCCAAUCACUGCCCAGAUCGGAAGAUGGCCACCGACUGACGGCGCCGCCGGCGGAUGCUGAGCAGGCUGGCGAGGUCGGGGUCCGCCUCACUGUCCUGUGAUUGGCUGCUGGAUGGUACUGAGGCUGAAUGGAGCCAAUGUCCAACGAGCAGGACACCAACUCAUCAGAGGGAGAUGAGAAGCGGUGGCCAGAUGGGCCGAAGAGGAAGAGAAAGAACAGCCAGUGUUCGGCGAAGAGUAUGUCUGCUCUUAGCAUCUCUGUUACAGGGUACAUCCCCAGCUACCUGGAGAAGGACGAGCCAUGCGUGGUGUGCGGGGACAAGGCAACGGGUUACCACUACCGCUGCAUCACCUGCGAGGGCUGCAAGGGUUUCUUUCGUCGGACCAUCCAGAAAAACCUCCAUCCUUCCUAUUCUUGUAAAUAUGAAGGCUGUUGCAUCAUCGACAAGAUCACACGCAACCAGUGCCAGCUAUGCCGCUUCAAGAAGUGUAUCUCUGUUGGCAUGGCCAUGGACUUGGUGUUGGACGAGGCAAAGCGUGUGGCGAAGCGCCGUCUGAUCGAGGAAAACCGAGAAAAACGGAAGAAGGAGGAGAUGGUGAAGACGCUGCAGACGAGGCCGGAGCCCAGCAACACCGAGUGGGAGCUGAUCAGAAUGGUAACCGAGGCUCACCGGCACACCAACGCCCAGGGCUCCAGCUGGAAACAGAAGCGCAAGUUCCUGUCAGAGGAUAUUGGCCAGGGUCCGAUGAAACCCACACCUGAUGCAGACAAGGUGGACCUGGAGGCCUUCAGCGAAUUCACCAAGAUUAUCACCCCUGCCAUCACCCGUGUUGUCGACUUUGCCAAGAAGUUGCCCAUGUUCUCAGAGCUGCCUUGCGAAGACCAGAUCAUCUUACUGAAGGGAUGCUGCAUGGAGAUCAUGUCUCUUCGUGCCGCCGUGCGCUAUGAUGCCGAGAGCGAGACGUUGACGCUGAGCGGAGAAAUGGCGGUCAAACGCGAGCAGCUCAAGAACGGCGGGUUGGGUGUGGUGUCGGACGCCAUCUUCGAUUUGGGCAAGAGCCUGGCUCAGUUCAACCUGGACGACUCAGAGGUGGCACUGAUGCAGGCAGUGCUGCUCAUGAGCUCAGACCGUUCGGGCCUGACCAGUGUGGAGAAGAUCGAGCAGUGCCAGGAGACCUACCUGCUGGCAUUUGAGCACUACAUCAACUACCGCAAGCACAACAUUCCCCACUUCUGGCCCAAGCUCCUGAUGAAGGUGACGGACCUGCGCAUGAUCGGGGCGUGCCACGCCAGCCGCUUCCUCCACAUGAAGGUGGAGUGUCCCAACGAACUCUUUCCCCCGCUCUUCCUGGAGGUCUUCGAGGACCAGGAAGUGUGACUUUGGAAAAAAGUGUCGAGACCUUGACCCCCCUAAAAGAACCCUCAACACGGAAGUGGAGGAUGAAGAUGAGAAAGUGUGGCGGGUUGGGAGGAGGAGGAUGAGGAAGUGUAGGGGGAGGAAGACAGGAAAAGAAACACAGGACGGGUUUUUUUUUUUUUUUUUUUUCAGGGGGAACGCGUCCUGUAAACUUUGUUUUUUGUCUUUUUCGUCAAACAUGAUGCCCGCACGACCAACCACCUGCCACCAGCACUGACUCACACACACACACAAACACUGAUCAACAUCACCAGAGAGAAAAGACACACUGACAAUCUGGCUUUUUGCUUCUUGUUACGUUGAGUUGUGUGUCUCCUCGCCGCUAUAUUUUCCCCGCCUGCUUCCGUGCGGCGCCUUCUUGUCUUUUGGCGGUGUUCACUGCAGGUUCUAGUGGGAAGUGUGUUCCCAGUUGGGUGUGUGUGGUCCACUGCUAUGCUAUGUGCCCCACUAGGCACGCAGUAAACCCUCAGGAGCGAGUUAAAUGAAUGAGAAGUCUAUAUAGUUGUGGAGGGCAGCAUUCUGAGAGGCACACACACACACACACACACACACACACACACAUCCAAACAUACAUCAUACAUAGUGUCAUAAGCAUUCAUAGAUUCCAUACACACUGCCAUAGUCAUAUACUUAUAUGCAAACACACACAAACAACAUCAUAAACAAAAUGUUUGCUCCUCCUGUGAAUUCCUACCACAUCGUCACCAGACAGCUGAACUCUCUGCCCCAGACAUAAUGUACCGUCUAGGGGCUCCGUUAUGUCUCUGUGACCCCCCUCCCCACCCUCCCACCCACUUUCUCUCAAGACCUCGUAAUGCAUGACUCUUGGCAUGUUCAGCUCCACUUGGGCGCCGCUCAGCUCCUGGUCAUAAGUAGUGGUUGACCGAUAUGGGUUUUUCAGUGGCCAAUGCCGAUAUGCAGACAGCAUAUUUUGUUUUUGUUUGUUUUGUUUUUUGCAUCUGAAAAAAUACAACAGUUUGUUAAUUAUAACAAAUGACAAUAACAAAUGCUGAAGUUAAAUUACCAUUUUUUUAACUAACACGUUAUCUGCUUUGUUUCUGUUUGCUUAAGUAGUUCUGCACUCUUCUGCAGUGCACAUAUUUUAAAUAAAAAAAUAAUUAAAUACAUGUUAACAGAUAAUAAAAAAAAAAAAAACAUUACUUUAAAAAAAAAAAUUAAACUAUAUGAAUUAAAGUAGAGUUUUAUUGUACUUAAUGACAUUGGCCAACAAACUAAUCGGUCGACCACUUAUCAUAAUACACAUACUUUUCUGCUUAAAGGGUGUCUACAUGCAGUCAUUCACUCGAUUGCAAAAGUACUGUAACAAAAUGUGUGGCGGUUUCCCCUUCGUUCUCUCCCCUCGGACCCACUCACCCACCCCAUCCCCACCCCCUUUGCACCUUGCUACUCCUGUCUGCGAUGGACUCCUCCAUCCAGGUGUGCAGCCCAAUCCUCAGUUCGCUGAGGCUCUAUGAGUCGUUGUCAACCUACCUCCCCCACGUACUGUACCUGACCUCACACACAUACACACACACAACCACACACAAUCAUACAAAUACACACACACUCACUGUACAGGCAGAGAGAGACGCAUACAAGCACAUGUGUAUGCUCGCAGCACAUACCCUUACAUUUUUACCUCAUACCUUGUAAAAUGUAUUUGUGCAGUCACCUGUUAGUUGUACAGGUGACAUGCAGCUGUGCAGUCUGAACCAACUCCGUUAUCCCUCAAUUAUCCAUGUACCUCUCUGGCAGUGUUGGGGGAAAUUAUUUCUUACAUAAAAAAAUAAUAAUAAUAAUUGUUAAAAAAAAAUGUUAGAGUUAUUUUAAACUACAAGUAAGUUAGAGUAUUUUUGUGUGUUGUCAAUAAUUGUUUAAAAUACAAGACAACUAUAAUAAGUCAGACUCAUUAUUUAUGAAGCACACCUUGACUACAUUGCUUCCAGGCAGCAGCAUGCUGUUAGCACAAAAUGCUGUGGAAUUUUCACUUUUGUCCUUUUUUUCCAUUAGCGCCGCGCAAAAAUGCAUCAUUCAAAAUAUGAAAGAAAAAUGAAUGUUAACAACAUUCUCAUUAAAAAAAAAAGCAACAAGCAGUUUGCGCACAUUAAUUCCCAUGUAGUACACUGAGAAAUAAACUUGAGGGUAAAGUAGCCUUUAUGCUCACUAGAGUGCAGUAGUGUUUUUGCUACGAUAGCAUUUUUGGUAGCUAUAGUUCAUUCACCAUUCGGACACAUGGUAAGAAAUACUCUCUACUCAUGAUGCGCAAGUUGGCUUUAAGUUAAUGCCAGUCUACCCGCAUUAGCUCCAUAUCCAAUAGCCAUCACCCAAUAUGGUGAAAAUAACAUUAAAAAAAAAAACACCAAACUCUCAUUGGCAUGAACCCCCUUACAUAAUGUUGCAUAAUUCCAAGAUGAAUAGAAUUGGGAAAUAUAAGAUAAUUUAGCAAAAAAGCAUUAGCCUCUGCAUGGUACUUCAUGUUAUUAUAAUAUGAAUCAACCCACAAUUACCCAUAACAUUGUUUUGCUGACCCACGUUAUGAAUCCUGGAUGCUUCUAUCCAAAAUGUAAUCGAUUCAAAAUGGCGCGCUGUAUAUUUAAUGUGAUAGUGAUGGCACAAAUAAGUAAUCUGAGUACUCUCAACAUGUUACAAAGUAAUAACUUACCCAACACUGCUAUUUACAGCCAUAAAGUUACUCACACACACCAUUCUACCUGCAUACAUGCAUACCUCCAUCUCCACCUGUAUAAGUACAACAAUGCUACCAUACGUACAUAGUUACGUGCCUAUGUGUGUGUGUGUAGAUGCAUAUAUAUACAGUAUAUAUAUAUUUUUUUUAUAUAUAUACGUAGUAUACCUCUCCAUUGACACAUACCUCCUGUUUUCAUUACCUCACUCACACAUAUUCAUGCUACACAAACACAUGUGGUCAUGCACAUACACACACAUGCAUCACCAGUUGUUUUUUUUUGUUUUGUUUUGUUUUGGGGUUUUUUUUUUUGUUUUUUUUUUGAUGUGUUACCUCAGUCAUUUUGUUGUGUCUUGCUCGUCUCCUCCUCAAUAACUAUUGGGCUGCACCACACUUCCUGGCUGUAUAUGUGCAUGUGUGUGCGCACCUACGCACGCACGUGUGUGUGUGUGUGUGUGUGUGUGUGUGUGAGUGACUUCUCGUUGGUGCCCUGCCCUGUCCGUUGCACCGUGGCUCCGCCUCCCCACUGGUUUAUGAUAGGUUGAGUGCAGGAAAUGGGGGGUGGAGGGGGGUCACUUACCUCGGCAGGCCUCCCUGUUGCCUGCACCUGUUUCAUGUCCGGCCUCAGACAGACAGAUUCUACCUCACCUCUCAUCUCAGUGAAGCUGCCCCUCGGUCUACAACAUACAUGCAAACAUGCAUACACUCACAUACACACAUGUAUACAGCGGUGCACAAACGAGUUGCCAAUACGGACCCGUUGAGUGUACAACUCCACACAGUGUACAGCAGGUCUGUUUCGUGGGCCAUGGAUCAACAAUCAACAACAACUGACACGGCAGGCUUUUUAUUUUUUUUCCACUUUUUUCUUUGUCUUUUUUUUUUUUUUUUUUUUUUUUUUUUUUACAAAUCAUUUUUAUCACACAUCACGUGGGACCAAGAGUCACUUUGGAUUCCCUUUGUAUUCAGGAACUUGAAAUGACAGUGGAGGGAGGGGGCGAGAGUUCGAGACAUUAUGGCGUGGCGAUAGACUUAAAGGAAACUGUCAGGGGACACGGACCGUUUGGAAACUGGGACUCCAGUGGAAGCCAUUUUGGCCCGAUGGGUCAGGCCAAAGGACUGUCAUCAAAGUGACUGCAAUGUUUGUAAAAAAAAAAAUUUACCUAAAAAAUAUACAGGAAGAGAGUCAGCAGUAUUCACCUGUGGAUGGAUACGGUAUUAUCGCGCUUGGGGGAGGGAUUUGGCGAGUAGACGAUUGUGGCAGGUUGUGACGUGACUCAGGCCAAGCCGGUAGAAAACCGCCACACGUACUGUGUUUUUUUCCUGCAGCCGCAUCGCUGUUUCCCGGUGUGCAUCUCCCUUCCCUCGGCGCAUUUGCAGAAAUGGACGCCAAGCCAUUUGAAAGACUUUCUGACCGACUGUCCUAUAUCCCAGAACCAUCCAAUAUGAAUUGAAGUCUGCUGAAAUAAGCUCCACCAAUCAUACCCAAAAGUUGCCAUCCACUAUAAUUAACUUGCAGGUUUUUUUCUGUUGCACUAAAACCACAAUGUCUGUAUCCCCUUGUAUCCCCAAACCCAUUCCUUUACCCCCUUGUCCCACCCCACAUCUUUCCUGUAUACCUGCCUGUCUUUAGCAGUGUUAACAAUGCUCUCUGAAGUAUCUCAGUCUGUCGCUGUGAGCGUGUGCACACACACACACACACACACACAAACAUACACACACACAAACACACACACACUGUCCGCUAUCUCAUCUCUUAAUUAUCCGUUAAAACCAACCAGGACUGUGACAUGGCCAAUAGUCGCCACCACUCUCAGUGUUACUAAUUUACCAUGCAGGGUAUUUAACCGGAAGCACCGACUAUACAGGGAUACAUACACACACACAUGCACACACAUACACACACACACACACACACACACACACUCACACAACUGCACAAACAUGUACAGCAAUAGGUGAACCCGUCCAGCAUAAGUUAUCUUACACUACAUCGUACAGAUGAUCAAGCAGUACAGUAGUGUUUCACACCCGCAGUCUCCUGGCUUGCUGUGUUCGUACCGUACUCUACUCACUAUCACUGUGAAUGAAAGCCAUGCUGCGACCGGGUCAUGGCUCAGACAGGGACACAUUGGCUUAGUAAUUCUGACAUGUGCCUCACAGAGGUUGAAAAAUAUGUAUAUAUAUAUACAUAUAAAAUCAUAUAUGAGCAUAUAUGUUUAUAUAUAUAGAUGUUGCCAUCAUUAUGUGGCAUUAGAGCUAUCAGUGGCUAUAUUUACGCUGCAAGCUCAAAUCUGAUUUUUUUUUGUAAUCAUAAUCAUAGCAGAAGGUGAACCUAUCGAAACUCUGUUUAUUUAUGAAAUAAUGUUUACCAAUUGAUUUAAGCUGAGUUUCUUAGUUUCCCUACCUUUUCAUUUCCCUCCAAAUUGCUUAAUAUGAUCCCAGCAAUGCAUUUACUUUGAACAGACAAAAACAAUAGUCUUUUUUCCCCUCAUUUUAAGCCUGAAAAGGAAAGAUCAGGUCUGAGCCACAUAGUUAAAUAAAAUCCGAUUUGAGCUGGCAGCCUUACAGCCUCUCUCUCUCUUUCUCUCUCUCACUCUCUCUCUCUCUCUCUCUCUCUCUCUCUCGCUCUCCCUCUCUCUCUCCCUCUCUCUCUCGCUCUCUCUCUCUCGCUCUCUCUCACAGCCAAAUGAUCACUGGAGAAAUCCUUCUCCUAUCCUCUCAGUCAAAAACAACCACACCAGCACCACAGAGCACACUGCCUUCAGCCAUGAUCAGUCGCACCAGCAUAGCAGAGAGACAGAUCAAUCUCAGUGGCCAUCCUCACCAAAAAGCCAUUUUAUCUGGACAUAAUUGCUAGCUACUCCAACACUAUGUUCAUACAGCAGGCAAAUCCCAUUUGUUUUUCAAAUCUGAUGCUCAAAGCUGACAGUCCACAUUGCAAUCGGCAAGUGACCAGAUCAUCGCGGGUUAAGACAGUGUAAACAUUUGCCGUCGAGACGACACUGGUUGCCAUAGGCGUGCACACGCUGACUAAUGGUGCAUUUUCUGUCCAACAACUCGAGGUGCUGAAACAAGCCAGCAACACUGAAGCUUCACCGUUGCUUAUUGUAACCGAGUUCAUGGCAGCGUUACGUAGUCGCAGUGCAGAGCGUUUCCAGUAUGUUUUUUCCUGCAUGUUUUGUCAUUCUCUGCUCUAUUUGCUGCAACUCGUGACCUCAUACGUGUUGCACAGGGCGCAGUGGAACGGAACAGUUAUUUGAAAUCUGAUCUGUGUUUUCAGAGACGUGAUUAGAGCGGCAUUUCCGACCACUUGCGAAUGUGGUUCAGAUCUGGUCUAGAAAGACAAAAGUUUUAUGUUCAGGCCUAAGAAAGGAAAUCUUAUUGGAUACAUGAGAAAAAUCAGAUUUGCGCUGCCUGUUUGAGCAUAGCCUAAGGGUGAUGGUGCACAGGGCAAUUUUGUGAGCAAAGUAGAUGCGCAACACUCCCCACAAAAUGAGCCAGACAUUCACAUUUUGCCUUUCAAGGAUAUAUCUCUAUUUGAGAAAAGCAACAAUGUUGAGUCAAUUCCUUGGACACUGUUGCCCAUCAGAGUUGCCCCAAAAGUUGCCCUCUGUCUCACUGCCCUGUUUGACUUCCACACUUCCUGGCCAAGCUGCAAAACAAGAGAAAAGAAUAUAUAUAUAUCUAUGAAACACAAUGACCAUCGAAAUGUUUUUCCUCUCUCUCUCUCUCUCUCAGUUAAGGUUAGGGUCAGGUUGAACGUUUGGUUUACGGUUAGUGUGAACGUGACGCUGAGCUCCGCUACCGCAGCUUGGCAUAAAAAAUAUAACAUCGACUUAACUCUGAAACACUAACUUCUCAUGCAACGUCAUUACUAACCAAACCCCACUACUACUACUACUACUACUACUACUACUACUACUACUACUUCUUCUUACCCAGGGAACACAUCUGUAAAUCAGCAUCUUUUCUCUCUUCCUCAUACCUCUCCUUCCCCAUCCUUCCAUCUCCAUUCCGUCCCCCCUUUGUUUUCCCAGUUGGAUUGUAUGAAUGACAAUCUCAUGGUUUGGUGUAAGCUCUUCUUUACCUUCUCCCGGACUUACAUCCCCAUCCCAGCCCCCCUUUUCCUCCAACCCAACUCCUGCCCUUCGCCGGUUUUCCCACUUUAUCAAAACCCGUUUCCCCCGCGGUGUGCCCCUCCCUCCCCCCCCCAAACACACAGACACCUACCCCAACUCAUUCUAGCACUUGUGGUGGAGAAAGGAGACAAUCCCUGCAGGAAUAUGUCCACAUGUGGAAUGUAAAAUACUGAAAUUGUACGAUUAAAGACACGGUGUGAAGUCCCACACUCAUGUUGUUUUCGAUGUUGUUGAUGUUGCUUUUGUUGUGCACCAAGUGUUUGUUGUUCUGCUUAAUCUUGGGGUGGAUGUGUGCCAGGAGCGGGAGGGUUAAAAACCCUGAUUGUGUGACAGAGUGCUAUUAAUUUUUCUUUUCAUUUUAUUUUAUUUUUUUUUUAAAUAGAGUAUGUUCACAAAGGACUCUUGAAGAGAGGACUGAACAUCCUGAGCGAUGUAAAGUGAGAGAUAAAGCGAAAACUUGGAGCUCUAAGUUUGAUUUUGGAUCGGAAAAAAAGCUGUUUUUUAUUAUUAUGCUUGUUUGUUGUUUUUAAUUUGCAUCUGAUUUUCUUGGUAAGUGAAUGUCUAUCUGUGUUGAUGCUUUACUGUGAGAAAACGGCUGUAUAUGCACUUUCAGACCAUCGUUGGUGCAGUGGUAGGUAGUCGUCAAACUUCACCCCAGGGUCCGGGUUCAGUUAACUUUCAAGUCAACUAAUCCAGAUGAUAUAAACUGAAACAGCAUGCAAUUCCUAAUAAAGAUCAGUUUUCAAUUUCAGCAAUUUCUAAACAAUAUGGCAUUGUACCAUUAUAAGAUGCCUAAUUCCAGUUUGACUUUGUAUGGAAAUGAAUUGGAGAUACAUAAUAAUACCAUGAAAAUACUGAAAAGGACUAAUUAGAUUUUGUUUGUAGUAGUUUAGCUCACUGAUCUUCCUAACCAGUAUCCAGUGAUGGGAUUGAAACCAAAAAAAAUCUCUGUGCUUCCAGUAGGUGACUCUGUCCAGUGCAUUUGCUAACUUUAAAAACCCUUUAAAAUCUGAGUUUUUAUCGUUAUACAGUGACAAUGGAUUUAUGACCCAAGUCCUCUUUAAAAAAAAAAAAAAAAAACAGUUUGCUAUAUUGAAAUCUCUUAGAAAGCAAGAUCCUCUACUAUUGAAAGUGUGUUUCUUCUGUCAAAUCCCAUGUCAGUCCUGCCAACAAACAGCUGACAUUUAGAUCCAUGUCACUAAAAUUAAUAAUGCGGCUUUAGCCCAACUAAAAGUUUCCAGUUUUUCGCCAUCCACUUUAGCAUAUUUUGUGCUACAGAUAAAAGGCAACUGGACAAAGAGAUUAUUUUGGUGCCAGUCCUCUCACAAUGUAUUUGGUAAGGUGACCAGGGGGCCGAACUCCAAGAAAGUCGAUGUCCAAGAAAGUCGAUGUAUUUAACCGAGUCACACACGUAUGUCGUAUUAUGUGGUAUUUCCAAUACUUCCAAUAUGCAGGUAGCUGUAAAAGGCCUUUGUGAACACUGUGUCAUCAGAUCCACAGUUGACUUCCUGUUUUGGUUGACAUGAAAGUGAACCCAGAUCCUGCUCUUCACAGUUGCUUGGGCUGUAUCAAUUGCUAAGCUGGGUGUUGGCUUUAACUGCUGAUACCCGCAUCCUAAUGUUAAUCUUUAGAUGGCUCAAAGAUAAUCUGACCCUAGGCCAGUGCUUAGGAACAGCAUCAUCAUCAGUUGUAUAAAUCUGCCAUAUGCUCAUCUUAAUGUUAAGACAGGAAUAUUGCUUUUCUUAAUGAAAAAGCUUCACCGUACAAAAAGAAAACUGCAAAAAUGCCUGAAAAAAAUCAUAAAACACAAACCAAAAAAAGAGAGAUUUAAACAACUGUUCGUACCUCAUCUUGUUGCUUUGUGCCAGAGUAAAGAGGAGGGAGUGAUCAGUCUCAAAAAGCAUGGAUAAUCACUUCACAGUGGUGGUUAGCAAAGUCUGGGUCACGACGCAAAUGGUGCAAGGCAGAGCAGAUUAAGACGCGGUCCCAGAUUUUCCAAGAAAAAUUGGUGGCUUCAAAAAGUUGAUGAGUUAUUGACGGGACAAUUCCAGUUUUGUUUGGAGCCCCUGUAUGUAGCCUCUCCAAAUCCCUGAAACAUAAGCUAGGUUGAAUUUUAAAAAAAACAAUGCAUAAAUGUGUUGAGUGAUAGCUAUGUAGCUUGACAAAUUUGGCCAAUUCUGCUGUGUUAACCAACCGAGCGGCUCAAGAAAUCUGUUGGGGUUGUAAGAUAAAUCCUCUUGAAAUCCUUGUGUCUCCAGAAAAAAUGUUUUGAAAACCACUGCACUCACGUUGUACUGUUUAUAAUGAAAUAACGGCAUGAAAUAUGACACCAUGCUUAGAGUAUUUAUCAUUGGCUGGCAGAUAUUUAUUCCUUCCCUAAUUGCGUGCUGGGAAAAACCAGGAGAGGACGAAGGCUUCAGCAGGGCGAGAGCUGCCGUGCGAUCAGCGGGCGCUUCGCUCAAAAGUAGCACUCACCUUUUAAACAUUUGGCUGAUGCUCUUACCACGAAAACAACUUCAAAUGAGUGAAAUAAGCUUAAAUUACCGGUUCACUCACAUUAUAAGCAACCGUUGCGAGAAGUGCAAAAAUGAGAGCACAGCACCAGGAGAAAACAGUUAGGUAUUUUUUGAGGAAUGGCAUUUUUCUUAUAAUUCAAAGUUAGCAAGCAGACUGUCGAGAUGUGUGGAAAAUAAGCUAAGAGGAGGGAUGUUGUCGCCCUCACAUCACCUUCACACCGCCUCCUGUGUGCAGUAAACACGCACAAGUGUGUAAAUAGGCACCUUUAUGGCCGGUGUGCUUGGAUCAAAGUGGGGAGAGCGUGCCACAACCGUGACUCUUCCACCUUCCGGUUGCAGGCUACAGUUCGUGUAAUGUGUAAUGCGAUGUCCUGUAAUGAAAAGGUCUUCUCCUGUUUUUUCCUGUCUCUCCAGCCCUGUCCUCCCCUUCACAGUGACACAAUGCAGUACCACACAACCCGCUCCUCCUGUUAGCAUAUAAGAAAGACAGCAUGUGCCGCCCUGGACGAGCGGGAGAGGUGUAUCUGGUUUGCGAGGCGGCCAUGUGUGUGUUUUUUUUUUGGCACAGCACAGUGUUGAAUGUAAAGCUGAAUGAGAUGUGGAUUAGGGCACCUAACGAUGAGAGCUUGAUAACUUCCUUGAUAAUGCUGGUCAUGAGUUUGUUAUGGACAUGGUUGGUGUUUUCUCUUGUUUUCUGUGACAAAUCAUUCAUGGCACAAUCAGAGAAUGGCAUCUCAGCUCAAAGCUGUUUGUGUAUGUGGCUAUGUGAUAUUCAUUUUCGACCGUAUAAAAUAAUUUGAUAUCA